AUGGCUGCACCCUCCCCCCGGCUUUUGGGAGUUACCAUUGCCAUUGAGAGACUUGGGGGCAGCACCGCCCUGGGCACGCUGGACUUCAGCCUGCUGUAUGACCAGGAGAACAAAGCCCUCCACUGCACCAUCACCAAGGCCAAGGGCCUGAAGCCAAUGGACCACAAUGGGCUGGCAGACCCCUACGUCAAGCUGCACCUGCUGCCAGGAGCCAGUAAGGCAAAUAAGCUCAGAACAAAAACUCUCCGUAACACUCUGAACCCCACAUGGAACGAGACCCUCACUUACUACGGGAUCACAGAUGAAGACAUGAUCCGCAAGACCCUGCGGAUCUCUGUGUGUGACGAGGACAAAUUCCGGCACAAUGAGUUCAUCGGGGAGACACGUGUGCCCCUGAAGAAGCUGAAACCCAACCACACCAAGACCUUCAGCAUCUGCCUGGAGAAGCCGCUGCCGGUGGACAAGACCGAAGACAAGUCCCUGGAGGAGCGGGGCCGCAUCCUCAUCUCCCUCAAGUACAGCUCGCAGAAGCAGGGCCUGCUGGUAAGCAUCGUGCAGCGCGCCCACCUGGCCGCCAUGGACGCCAAUGGCUACUCGGACCCCUACGUGAAAACAUACCUGAGGCCAGAUGUGGACAAGAAAUCCAAACAUAAGACAGCGGUGAAGAAAAAAACCCUGAACCCGGAGUUUAAUGAGGAGUUCUGUUACGAGAUCAAGCAUGGGGACCUGGCCAAGAAGUCCCUGGAGGUCACCGUUUGGGAUUACGACAUUGGAAAAUCCAAUGAUUUCAUUGGUGGUGUGGUUCUGGGCAUCCACGCCAAGGGGGAGCGCCUGAAGCACUGGUUUGACUGCCUGAAGAACAAGGACAAGCGCAUCGAGCCCUGGCACACACUCACCAGCGAGCUCCCAGGGGCCGUGCUCAGCGACUGAUGCCCACCCGCCACUGCUACCCCUGCCGCCACCUGCGCCCAGCACGGCCGGCCCCGGGCUUCCCCAGCAGCCACCAAGGCCUGUGGCCCCCACACUGGGGGAGAUCCAGAACCCCUGCUUGGACACAGAGCCACUGCAGUCCCCGCUCGGAGGAUGUGGAGGGCUCAGCCACUCUGGGACGGGGAGGGCAAGGAGCUGGGG